GUUAAGAAAAUUUAUUGCGGCAUUUCGUUCAUUCCAUUGUGCACUCAGUGUUCAUUUAUGAGCAUAGGCGAUGACUGUCAGUGUUUUUUUCUUUUUUUUUUUUUUUGAUGCGUUGGAAUGUCGUGCGGCUGUUCUUAAAGUAAACGAAAUUAUGAAAAAGUAAAUGAAAAAAGUGCUGGAGAUUUAGUGAAAAUAAAGAGGAACACGGUUAACUCGCGACAGCAUCGAUAAAAAUUUCCAAUUUGUGCCAAUUAAAUGUUGAAUUCAUGUCAGUGCAAACAUAUGUAAUCAUUAAAAAUUGUAAUGUUAUCGAACUAAUACGGACAACGAAAAUAAAGUAAGCAUGUCCAAUCAAUAUACUAGUGUGCCACAAAGCAAUAUUAUUGCCCCAACCGAUUUCAAAUAUGGUGAUGCGGAUAUUUGUUCCAAACGUCGGAAGUGUAAUGUUGCUAAUUCCGAGACUAGUGAUGAUACUGAAUAUGCGGAGUUCUCAAAAAUUGUUGACGAAUCGGAGGGCAAUAGUUCUUUUAUGGACUUUACUUCAAAUGAGUUAAGUUCAGAUUUUAAAGGAGGACUGCUUAAUUCAACCACAAACCCAUCAACAACAUUAAAUACACUAUCAUCAUCAAUAUUAUCAACAAACGAAAAUAUUAGUGAAAAUGCUUGUUUUAUAACAACAACACCUUCACAAACAAGUAAAGGUUUUGAAAACACAUUUAAACUACUACAAACACAAGUUGAAUGUAAUGCUAAAAAGGCUAUUAAUGUAAUGCAGACGUUUAAUGUGGAUUCGUCGUUAUUAAGUAGCGGUUGUAGCUCAUUAGCUUCUAUCAGUGAGUUAGAGGAACCGCCCACACGUUUGGAACUGGAAUUGGAAGCAAUGCAACGCGUUCGUACUCUAGCUGCUCACAAGACAUGUUUUAAUAUAUCACCACGUUUUGUAUCACUUUUAUGCGACUUUGUGUGUAAAGGCCAAAAAGAAGGUGAAAUAGAAGGUGCAAAAAUUAUUCGGAACGAUCUGUCCCACAAUAAUCCCCAAGAUCUAAUAUAUCAUGCAGCCAGAAAUUCUGACGGAAAAAAUUGUUUGAAAGUUGUAAGGACUUUAUAUUCAGAUCCAGUCCUAUGCGGAAACCGUGUAAGCCAAAUGACUCGCGCAUAUGAUGAUAUUGAAGCUGUGACGCGUUUGCUGGAAGAGAAAGAAAAGGACUUGGAAUUGACAGUACAAAUCGGCAAGGAACUUUUGACGCAAAACAAUGCUCUUGAAAGCAGAAUAGCAGAGCUGGAAGCUGAUUUAAAAGCGUCCAACGAGGAUCGUGCACAACUAGUACAUGAACUACAUAAGAAAAAUGAGCUGAUCGCCGUGCUAACGAAUGACUCUGACGAAGGGAGUGAAAAUGAUACGCCUACGUUUUCCAAAUCAAUUACUUUGGAUUUAUUGCAAAAGAAAAUCGCUUCCUUGCAGGAUGAGAAUAAGUCCUUAAAACUUGAAGUCGUACAAAUUGCCUCGCAAACAGAUGCUGUAGAGGCCCAAGAACGCCAGUUAAUGGAAGACAUCACAGCACAAUUGAAUGAAGCUAAUGGUCGCUUCGGCGGCAUGAGUUUGGAGUUGGAGCGUCAGCGAGAGGAGAAUCGUUUACAACACGAACAAAUUAUCAGUUUGACAGCGCGUUUGUCCGAAGCCGAAAUGAGACUGCAUCAGUUAACGCACGACAAUGAUGAGCAUGUUACACUUUUGAAUAUAACAAAAGAGAACCAAAAUUCAUUAGCUGUAGAAUUACUUGAAUUCAAGCAGCGCUAUCAAGAAGUAUUGGCUCUACUGCAAGAAGCCCAAGAGCAGCUACGCAAUCAGCGAAAGAAAACAAUGCCACAAGCACGCAGCUCAUUUAUAUCGAGCUCGGGUUUGCUGCAACCGGAGUCCUUGCAGUGCGAGUUGAUGGAAUCAUCGAUGUACUCAGAGAAUAGUCUUGAUUCUGGUAUUUCGGGUGAUACUCAUCGCGCUGAACGUAUGGGUCGUUUAAUGUCUCAAUUGCCUGGAAUAUAUGGUGGUGGUGGUGGAGCAGCUGGAUCUGCGUAUGCGAUAGGCGUUGGUGUUGGUACUCUCCCUCCAUAUAAACGCGUUUUCGAGACAGUGCGUUGUGCGAGCAAAACUGGCAACUACAUGGAUAGUGGGAAUUCAUCAAUGACGCAACUUGGCGCUAUGGCGAUGAGUAGUUCGGUGGGGCCGCGGAUGUCUGCGAUGCCGUAUCGUGGUGCCGCCUUCGACGACAAUCCUAUGGGUCUAAAGACCUUGUCGUGCGGAAGCCUGGCAUCACAAUCGGACGACGGCUAUCCAGCGGCACCAUCUGGGGUGCCUGGUGCGCCAGGAGCUAAAGACUUGGAAGCCGCAUUGAAACGACUCACACCAGCAGAAGUGUUGGCCCGUCGUGCUAUGCUGUCGUAUGCUCCAGUUGGCACAUAUACGUAUGAUGAACAGCCAACAAUCACAAACACACUUCCGCAAGGUAUACGGACGCCAGAUAGUAUUAUGUCGACAGGUUCAUCGGGCAUUUCGUCAACGAACAUGUCGGCAUCAAUGCAACAAUGGCGUCUACCCGAAAAAUUGCAGAUUGUGAAACCAAUUGAAGGUUCCCAAACAUUGCACCAUUGGUCACGUUUGGCAACGCCAACGUUGAGCGGCUUACUUGAGGAACGUCCAGGCGUAACAAUUCGUGGUGGUCGCGGUUUAGAUGAUUUGGGCAUGCAAGUAUAUACACUGUCUGAUGUGGAGGAGGACGUGAGUGAUGACUUGCCUGGCAAGCAAUUUGAGGCCUCUGGCUGUACAUACACCUAUACAACGAGCAUGGUAAUGCAUCCCGAUGACGGUCUAAAUGAUCUAUCGUUUUUAUCACAGUCGCAAUUAUCGUCGCGCAUGGCAUCAGCGUCUACUUCUCGACAACCAAGUUGCCCGCCCACACCACACGGUGGUCUGUCGCGCAAGAAUUCAUGCUCGACGUUUUCGGUUAAUUUAGGUCUGGCUUCUAUGUUGAAUGAGCGUGGAAUUAAAGCUGUGACGCCAAGUGCAUUGAACACACCCGCCGGGCCGAACUUUUCACCCACUGUCACACCCUGCAAUAGUCCCGAGGGUUCACCUCCACGUUCCUCAUCGCCCGAACCAUUGUUCGGUAUCUUAUCGACAGGUGCAGAUAUAAUUAGACGUAAACUAAUUGGUGACAUUGAAAGGCCAAACCGUAAUCAAGCUCAACAAAAACAACAAAAAAUAAUGCUAUCGCGCUUAGAACGGCGAGCUUUACGUUCGCUGAAGUUGGUAGAAAAAGUCGAGAGUAUUGGUUUGGAGAAUAUUAUUGUCGCACAUCCCAAUGCUAUGUCGCAAAUGGCUAGUGGAAUAGCAAGUCGCAGCUCCAGUCCAAUGGCACAAUUAAUUAGUCUUAAGAAUCUGCACACUUGCGCCAACAACGUAGUCGACGACAUUCACUUCGAUCGUGAUCAAAUAAAAACUGUGCUACAUAAAGGACUUAAUACACCACCAACUACAACAGCGAGCGGGAGCAUCGACGAAUGCCACUUUAGAAAUACAACAACAGAUUCAACAGCAACAACAAGCGCAAUUAGCACAGAAAGACCUGCGCUUAAAGAUGAGGAUCACUCUGGGAUAGGAGGGCUACAAAAUGCGGGUGGCGUAGCGACGGCAACCUCGUCCACGAGCACAACAGAGUCUCGUAUAAAGCAAUUACAGCGACAAAAAUCGCGUCGAACUCUUAAGAAUGGUAUUGCUGGUCAACAGCGGCCAGACUUGGGUACUAUCGGUGGUGGUGGUGGUGGUGGACGUGUACGCCCCGAUCUAGGAAAAGUGUCUUCAGGAGCCUCAAUAUCUGGAGUAAAGAGCGAAACAACAGUGGGGCCAGCUCAGACGCAGAAGAGACCUCAAAAACAGCGGGAACCUCGAGAACCGCGAGAACCGCGAGAACAACAAAGUAUAACACAAGCAUUUGUCGGAAGCGUAAGUUCUUUACUGUUUGGACGCAAGGGUGGUUGGCUGUAGAGCAUCUAUACCUAUUUUACUAACUGUGGUUAUUUAAGUAUGAUGAUAAUAUAAUUACUAUAUAUUUUAAUUUGAUAAUGUUUGAACGAAAUAUUAUGAUUAUAAACGGAUAACGAAUAGUGGUAAACGUCGAUAGCGGUGCAAAGUUUAGCACAACAUAAAAACUUAAACCACUAAUGUAAAGGAAAAUGCACAUAUUAAUACAAUGUUAUUUCUAUGAUAAGAGUCUUAUAUGACAAGAUAAUCCAAUCUGCACACAUGAAAAGGAGGAUGAUAAUAAUGACCAUGUAUAUGUUUACAAAAAUUGAUUGCAACGAUAGUGAAGAUGUGAAUAUGUGAAAUUGCCAAGGCUAAUAAUAAUUUAUGGUGCACAUAAUUGAAAAGCAUUUUAUAGAGUUAUUUUAAUACGUAUACAUUAAUUAAAAAGGGAAAUAUUGCGCCUAUUUGCUUUAUCCCUUAACAAAAUGUAGCUACCAGAGUAAAUGCAUUGUUAUAUAAGUAUGUGUAGGGGGAUAAAUAUUAUAUACUUAUUUACUUUAUAUUCACCGUAGAGUAAUUCAUGAAAUAUUUUUCUCUUUUUGAUUUAGUUCAGUUUUAUUCAUCAAUUUCCUUUUUUUGAUUUUAUUUUUUAUUUUUUGAUCACACUUUCAUUUAAGUAUUGUAUGUAUUUGAAUUUUUAUUUGAGACAUAUACAUUCGCAUGGCUUAGCAAUGAAUACGCUAAAGACUUUAGUACUGCCUCUAUGAGCUCAUCAUACACACUUAAUUUCAAAAUACGCUUUUCCGUAUAAAUUUUACUUAACAUUUUUAUAACUUGACCGUAUGCGCGCUAUUUUAUUGGUUGCUAUUGCCUUGGUGUUCAUUUUAUUGCUUGUAAAUAUGAAAAUAAAAGUUAUGGAAUUAUUUGAAGAGCAAUCCAAAGUCAA